UUUUUUUCGUGCAAUUCUUAUAUUCUUAUUGAAAUUAUACAAUAUUAGUGCACUAGAUACAUUAUCAGCAACCACAAUUUUCAUAUUGUUUCAUCUCACAAAAUUGUGUCUUAAAUAAAAUUAGUGUAUUGUUUUCUUGAGUGGCACAAAAUUUUAGAUGUUCGAUUUGAGAUUAUCAAUUUUGAGUGCGAAUAUGCAAUGAAUAAAUAUAUAAACAAUUCAGAUGGAAAAAAAAUAUGAGGGCGGUGCGUGUUAAUUGAUUUUCUUUUUUUUCCAUUUGUUUAUUUUAUUUUAUACUAGUGGGAGUAGAAGAAUGGAAUAAAUAUUUACAACAAUAAAUUGGAACCCUUAAUUGGUAUUGAAUAUAAACUCGACCCAAACCAUUGGAAAAUUGUGUAAUUUCCCGUGUUUGUUUUUGGGUUCUCUGCAGGCUCUGAACUCUUUUGAUUUGCAUGCCUAAGCUUUUCUGUCAUGCCUAAGCUUUUCUGUCAUUUCUGGUAUUUUAACGAGGACAUGUUUUGAUGUUAAUUAGAAAAAUAAAGAAAGAAAAUAUUUAUAAAUAAUGAUUAUUUUAAUAAUUUUAGGUCCACUUGUUGCCCUUCUACAUAUAAUUUUUUAAACUACUUUAUCUUUCAACCUGUCCUUUUCGGUUUGAACAUUUUUCCUGCUUUCUUUUCUUGCCCCCCAAGUCUGUUGGUCUCUAUCCAGCUAAUAUAUAUGCAGAGUGAGGACAUAUCAAUGUAUGUGUUAGUGGAUGUAGUUUGUAGUGGAAGCCUAAGUUUAUAUAAUUGAACUGUGUUACGCAGGCUUUAUAAUUUGGGUGAACGACUAGAGUCUUUAAACAUUCAGUGUAAAGCUCAAAUGGGUCAUCAUCGUCAUCUUCUUCUUCUGCUAAUUUUAACCUCAUUUUCAUUGAAGUGCCAGUCAUGGGGUUGGUUCUCUCCUCCUGCAGAGAAUCAGUUUGAUGAGAAAGCUUCUGGUACAAAGGAUAAUUCUGGCCUUGCUGAAUUCUCCAUGGAAGGUUUUAAUGAUCCGAAUGGAAAAAGGCUAGUAGAAAGUGCUAAGAAGAAAUUGGUUGGUACAAACUCUUGUUGGCAAAAUGCUUACCAGCAUCUCUUUGCCGGAUGCUCAGAGAUUUUUGCAGUGGAAGAGAAACGAUCUAGAUUUGCUUGGCAUCUUGGUGAUUGUUUUCAAAAGGACUGUGGCAGGCCACCUUUUCCUUUCUGUGACCCAAAAUCUGCCAUGGUUAAAUGCUUAAAGAACUUAAAUGAAGAUGAGCAUAAGGUUUACCUUGAAUUCUAUCUUGAAACUAACUCCAUCUGCCAUCAGUUACAGGUUCACGCAUUCAAGCAACAAACAGAGAGAUUGGUAAAUGAAUUGAAAACUUCAGCCCAACUUGCUGAAGAAAAAUUAGAAAUUAUAGAAGGCAAAACAGAAUCUCUAUUGCAGAACUCAAAUGAAAUUUAUGAUUCUUUGAGUUCCAUUGAUACUCGAAUUCAACUAGUAGCUUCAACAACUAAGGAUGUAGGAGAUCAUAUAGAUGUUGUUCUCAAACAUUCAGAAGUUUUAUAUGAGCAAUCAAAGGAGCUUGCAGCUUCUCAAUCAGAGUUGCAAGAAGGACAACUGGAAAUGAGAAGAAGUUUGGUGGAUGGGAUGGCAACUCUUAAAGAUUCUUACAACAUUUUGGGCCAAGAAAUAGAUAAUUUAAGAAAUGAGGCCAUUGAAUUAGAGAAGGGGAUAACUAAAGUUGGCGAUGCAAUGUCUAUGAAGAUGAGAAGUCUGCAAAGCAAAGCGGACGACAUUGGGAAUAUGGCAGGGGUUUCCUUAGACAAGCAGCAACUACUUUUAGAUGGGCAAUCCACAGCACUUGAGGGUCUUCAAAUUUUAACUAAAUUUCAAUCCAAAGCACUGGAGGAGAGCAGGAGUACUCUGCAACAGUUAGCUGAAUAUGGCCACAGACAACAGGAAGAGCUUCUUCGGCGGCAAGAACAGAUUCAGAGACUUCAUGACAACUUGAUGGAAAAUUCGAAGUCAAUUUUGGCUGCUCAGGAAUCUUUUGAAUCAAAGCAAGCAAGCAUGUUUAUUGCUGUAGAUAAGCUGUUUGCUUUGCACAAUGCCAUGCUGCUUGAAUCGCGAUUAAUCAAAGCUUUCUUUGUGUACUGUAUAUCAAUCUUUAUCAUCUACAUGUUCACUAGCACGAAGCAAACAUACAAAGUCAGACCCUGGCUAUAUAUCGGACUUUGUGCUACAUUCAUCAUUGAAGUUGCAAUACUUAGGCUUGCAAAGGAUGAUAAUAUUGAACAAAAAUCAUGGAUAAUAAAUUUGGUCAGGUCACUCUUUUUGCUUCUUGCUUCAAUUCAGAUUCUACAUGCCAUAUACACAUACAGAGACUAUGAAGUGCUGAACCAUCAGAUGCUACUAACAUUAAUUGAGAAGAUUAAUGUCAUGCAAAGAUACAAGGAGUUGGCAUGGGACAUGGAUAGUGAUGUAAACUGGUCAACAUGGAUGGACACUGACUUACCGGAAGAUGUAAGCAAAUUUGAAGACCCUGACUUCAUAGUUCCAGAAGAAGUUGGAGAAAAUUCAAUCAUGACCACUUCAAAUACAAGACGUUAUAAUCUACGCAGCCGUCGAGUUCAUUGAGAAUGUUCUAGAGUGCUAGUAUUAGUUUCCAUGAACUCGACAAUCUUCUUAGUGCUAGUGUUAGUUUCCAACAAAAAUUUACGAUAAUGUACUUUCAGAUCAAACAGUGUAUGUAUUGGUUUCUUAAUUUGGUAAACUUUUAUGUUCAAUAGAAAUUUUUUUGAUGCUACUUGAUUGUGGGGGUAAAAAUACAGUGUUUAAAGAUUUUGCUAAACUCCUGUCUUUUCCUUGUCUUA